CCUGAAGUUCAGUUCUUGACGGUGUAGCGUCGACUAAACAUCUAAAACAUUCUUUUCUUGAAAAACGUUGAAAAAACCCCAGUCAUUUAGAUCAAUUAUUCGAUAUGCUUCUCUUGUCGUGGUAAACGCGUCGACCUUAAUCAAUUGGAAAUUGAUGGUCGUCAAAAGUCUAAAAGUGAUUACCUGCCGAUUCUAGCCCAGUUUCCAACAUUAUAAUCAACAAAUACUUUUAAAGUUUCAGAUAUGGCAAUUUCUCUCUACUUGACGUUCUUCAGUUUAAUUUGUCUCCUGAGUCUGGCCAACAGUGAGCUAAGCUCGUGUCAAGGUUCCGGCUUAAAAUAUCUCAACGGUGACGCUCUGUCGGGAAUGACCUCAUGUAUGGGACCAGAAAACAUACCCUAUCCUACGGCUGCCAUCGCACGUAUGUUUAAAUCGGAUCGACAAGGCCGGGCAUCACGUCUUGUUGAUCCAGCGGAAACGCAACGGACGUUGCUCAAAUUUCACGAGGCUGCCAACUACGGAGACUCGAGCCAGGUGCUACAUCGCCAAGAAAGGAACGUGUUUGAUCUGCCACAAUCGCAGUUCCGGGCCAGCACUGGAUGUUCGGCACCGGGCGGUCGUCUCUGUAAAACGCGGUACAACACAACAGCCCCGUUAUACGGUGUUUCAUUGACUUCCGGCCAGCCAGUCACCAUCGUCCAAAAAUUUCCAGAUCUUCUGCAGCAAGUCAUUUUUGAGGUUUGCGAUUCGGCCGAGUGUGACGUCGUGCACGGUGAGUGCGUUCAAACUUACGUCCCCUAUUUGUUCCUGGUUAUCCCGCUAGGUCCGGUGACGCUAACCGGACAAGAUUACGUCCUGGUGGAAAACGGCUGCGUCUGUCGUCCAAAGUACGCUCGCCCUGUUGGCCAGCAGGAAUCCUCACUGUCUGAAGUCCUCCCCGGUUUGAAUUGAUAAUGUAGUACGUAGCCUAUCUCGUCUUCAUGGAUGAAACAAUAACAUCCCUGAAAAAGAACAGAAUAAAUCCAUCCGUGAUGGAAUUUUUCUUUUAAAAAAAAAUUUAUAACGACAGCGUUGCGCAGUGUUGGAGACAACGAACUCCGCCGCGCCGAAAUUUCAAUUUUUACUAUUUAUCAUUCCCCGCACGUCUCAAACAAAAAGAACGACAAAAACAAUCCAGUUCAAGCGUGUUCUCCAUUCCUCUAUCUACUAGAAACACAACCGUAAUGCUAAAAAAAAGUUGUACAUAAUAAUGAAAACUAAAAUAAAAAAUCUUUGUUGUU